CGGGUGGGCGGAGAGCGCGGAGGGGCGAGGCCCGGCUGCAGGGGCCGCUCGGCCCGGGGGGAGCCCGCGUCCCCGCUCAGCCUUGCAGCCCCGCGCCCUGAGCAUCUCCCCGGAGGAACGGAGACAAAGGAGGAUUCAUGUCCAAAGGACUCCCAGAGACCAGGACGGACGCAGCCAUGUCAGAGCUGGUGCCUGAACCCAGGCCUAAGCCAGCAGUGCCCAUGAAGCCUGUCAGCAUCAACUCUAACCUGCUGGGCUACAUCGGCAUCGACACCAUCAUUGAGCAGAUGCGUAAGAAGACCAUGAAGACCGGGUUUGACUUCAACAUCAUGGUCGUUGGCCAGAGUGGACUGGGCAAGUCAACACUGGUCAACACACUCUUUAAAUCCCAAGUGAGCCGCAAGGCCUCCAGCUGGAACCGGGAGGAGAAGAUCCCGAAGACAGUGGAGAUCAAAGCUAUUGGGCAUGUGAUAGAAGAAGGUGGUGUCAAAAUGAAGCUGACUGUCAUCGACACCCCAGGCUUUGGAGACCAGAUCAACAAUGAAAACUGCUGGGAGCCCAUUGAGAAGUACAUCAAUGAGCAGUACGAGAAGUUCCUGAAGGAGGAGGUAAACAUCGCCAGGAAGAAGCGCAUCCCUGACACUCGCGUCCACUGCUGCCUCUACUUCAUCUCCCCCACAGGACACUCCUUGCGACCGCUUGAUCUCGAGUUCAUGAAACACCUCAGCAAAGUUGUGAACAUCAUCCCUGUCAUUGCUAAGGCUGACACCAUGACCCUGGAGGAGAAGUCUGAAUUCAAGCAAAGGGUUCGCAAGGAGCUUGAAAUACAUGGCAUUGAAUUCUACCCCCAGAAGGAAUUUGAUGAGGAUUUGGAGGACAAGACGGAGAAUGACAAAAUCAGGCAGGAGAGCAUGCCUUUUGCUGUGGUGGGAAGUGACAAGGAGUACCAAGUGAAUGGCAAGAGGGUCCUCGGCAGAAAAACUCCCUGGGGCAUCAUCGAAGUGGAAAACCUCAACCACUGUGAGUUUGCCCUGCUUCGAGACUUUGUCAUCAGGACUCACCUCCAGGACCUCAAGGAAGUGACACACAACAUCCACUAUGAAACUUACAGAGCCAAGCGGCUCAAUGACAAUGGAGGCCUCCCUCCGGGAGAAGGCCUCCUGGGCACUGUCCUUCCACCUGUGCCAGCCACCCCCUGCCCCACUGCCGAAUGAAGCCAUUUCAAGCGCUGCUUCUCCCUCCAUUCCUCUCAGCUGUUAUUGCUGCAGGGCCAAGCCCUUUUUAGUUCUGUGCUUGUCCAGCCUGCCACCACAGCCCCUCAGCAGGUGGGAGGGGCCAGCUGCCUCUUUAGGACAGUUGCUUCCUCCAUUUACCCAAAUCACUCCUCUCCUCCCGGUGGAAUGGAGUUCUCGCCAGCACUGCCCUACUGCAUCAUCUUUGUCAGCCGGUCCCAGCCCAUCUAUAGGGUGAAAGAACUCACCAAGAGCUCCUUCUGCCCUUGCAAACCCAUACCAGCUACUUGUAACCAUCUCCAAGGGCAAUGGCAUUGCUCCCUACCCAUUCAUGUGCAUGAGCUACUCUUGACUUCCAUAAAGGGUCAAGAAAGCAACUUUUCUGCUUGCUAGAUUCAUUGAGGUCAGCUGAGUGAGCCCCAGUGUGGGACAAGGGUGUCUCCUUUAUUGCUGAAAGGUAUUUAUAAGGGUGGGUCACUACAGAUGUGGGGGAGCUAGGGGUAGGAUCACUUUAAAAAAAAUUACCACUUGCAGCUGGCCCAGAGUGCGGUUAACAUGCCCUCCCUACCCCAUAAAGGCAGCCACUUAGGAAGAGUGGUUUUCCCAGAGACAUUGUUAGAGUUGACUUUUUUAUCUCCAAAACUUAAGAACUAAACACACACACACAAAACCCCAGAAACCCACAAGAUGUACACUCUAGGAAGAAAAACACCUUUUGUCCACUUAGCAAUAAGAGGGAUCUCUUCCCACCUACCCCGACUACUCCUACCCCCAGUCCCCACCCCCCAACCCCAUUAAUGUGAGUAAUGAAUUAGCCUGGCCACAGGUGGUCGCUGUAGGCUAAUGGAAAAUACCCAGUGGAGGGCAAAGUCCCCCAUCAGAUGCAUGAAUGUUUGCGAAUGUCGGCUGCCACUGCCCCACACACUGUUGUUGUUAUAGAAUCCCUUGCCCACCCCACCCCCACCUGCCAUUUCCACCUGGACACAACUUGCUGAAACGCUGGUGACUUGUGGGCCAUUCAUCUACAACCAAGUCCUGAUGGAACAAGAGGCCCAAGCCUAGGGGAUGCAAGAACGACCCAUUUCUUAAAUGUUACCAGUCGCAGCCAACCUUAUGGUGACAUUAAGGUUAAAUUUCCCAAUUGAAAACAAGCCAACAAAAAAACUGUAAAUGUUGCUAGACUAUGUGUUGUACAACUGAACAUUGCUGUUUGAACAAUAA